UGAUUAUGUCAUCGGUCACGUGGCUCCUCCAAGCGUCCCGGGCGGACAAGGCCAACGCGUUCUGGAGCUGCCUGAGCUUCGUCAAGCUCCAUUCAGCCUUCCACCGACGACACAUCAAACCAAUUCACCCCCCUUCGAUAUCUACGCCGAAUCCUCCCCCCUCCCUCCGACCUCCAACCCUCGACAUACCGAGUUCGCACACGAAGUAACGAGAUACACAACACACAAAAGUCAUCAAAAUGGAGUUCACCACCACCGGACAGCUGAACGAAGAUGGCAUUCACAUCGACAUGGAGAGAUUAAAGAAGGGAGAGGUCAACCUCGGAACCUCAAUUAUGGCAGUCACCUUCAAGGACGGUGUUAUUCUCGGUGCUGAUUCCAGAACAACGACGGGCGCCUACAUUGCCAACCGAGUCACCGACAAGCUCACACAAGUCCACGAUACCAUCUGGUGCUGCCGGUCAGGCUCCGCCGCCGACACCCAGGCCGUCGCCGACAUUGUCCAGUACCAGCUUGGCCUGUACGCCAUGCGCAACGGAAAGCCUCCCAUGACCCAGACCGCCGCCGCCAUCUUCCAGGAGGUCUGUUACGCCAACAAGGACCGCUUGACCGCCGGUCUCAUCAUUGCCGGCUGGGACGAGCGACACGGCGGCCAGGUCUACUCCAUCCCCCUCGGCGGAUCCCUACACAAGCAGGCAUAUGCCAUUGGCGGCUCGGGUUCGACGUACAUUUACGGAUACUGUGACGAGCACUGGAAGGAGGGCAUGGAGGAGAAGGAGGCCGUCGACUUCGUCAAGGGAUCGCUCAAGGAGGCCAUCAAGUGGGAUGGCAGCUCCGGUGGUGUCAUUCGCAUGGUCGUCCUGACCGCCAAGGGCGCCGUGCGGCAUCUGUACCUCCCCGACGAGGACUACAAGGUGCAGCACUAGAUGGGAGAAGUUGAAUGUGGGAAAGCCAGAGGAAGAGGUAGAGAAAGGGAGACGUUUAUUGUGAUGUGGCCUGAGGAAAGCCAACGAGUCGCCUCCAUCGACAUCGGCCGGGCAUGAUGGGCAACAAGACGUCACACAGGCUAGUUUGCCGCGCGGUCACGAAGUUGCCCCCCGGGUCCCGGGAGGAGAAGACAGAGCGAAGAACGUCCAUGCCGGGGCGAGAUCUCGGGCUUGGCGACAAACGAUGAAUGUACAAUAAAUAGAUUACCCGCAAGACGCGAUUUCUUCACGAGAG